AUGCUCUCAGAAUUGCCCUCUGAGAUUAUAUAUCAUGUCGCAAUAUAUUUGCCGACCGCCAACGCUGUGACGUGCCUGGCCCAAACCUGUCGCCGACUGUAUAAAAUCAUUGCUGCAGACGAAUACAGGCUUUUCCGAGCACUGGUGCACAGCAGAUUUCCGUGUACUCCCACACCUUCUUUCUGGAAAGAUGCAGCGUGCGCCCUCACCUCGCGGUCGCGUGCCCUCGACCGACUCGGUGUCAUCGGCCGGUUUGUUGUUUUGCCCAAGAAUGUCACUCGGAUUGGCUGUCAAGAGGUGACUCGACGCGACAAUCCCACGCUGGGCUACAGACCCGCCAUUGACUCAUACGAAAUCUGGAAUGGUGCUGCUUGGGCUGAUAGGAAGGAAGUCCUAGCGUGGGGCGCCGCCCACCAGCUUGCGAUACGGGUCAAACAGUCUGGGGCGCACCAACAUGAAAAUUGGAUGCUAUUCAAUGACAUGGAAGAUGUGAGCAGCUACGAGGAUAUCUGCGGUGUGCAUCUUUUGCAGCCAGAGCAGAACAAAGAUGGCGACACAGAGCAUUUGAUUUUUGGUCGGAGGAGAAGCGACAUAAUCCACCUCGCCAUUUCUCCCAACCAAGCGAGCCACGAGUACAAACAAAAAUUCAAGACGAAAGGACUCGAGCUCGAUAGGACAGACAUCAGUCGGGGCACCAACUCGACACUUGCAGCCCACUUUGAUGAUGGAUCUAUAGCGUUUUACAACACGGCUACCACCGAGGACGAGGUGGAGGCAUUUGCUUGGAUCCGCAAUGAAACAAGCACUCUAGCACGAAGUCGACACUCGAAAUUGCUGUCUCCAUCGAGAGUUGCAGUCGCCACCGGUGAAAUUGAGAAUUCUCUUACGAUCUCGACAAUUUUGCCUGACGGUGUUUGCCUGGACCGGGAAAUUGCCGUUCAUUCCCUGGAUUUACAAGAGCGAGUCAAUCGCAUUCACGCUGGCGUGACCUCGAUCGCAUCAUUAAACGAAAUACAUCAACAUAUUGAUUCCCCAGGCGAUGCAUUCCUUGCUGCAUGGGGCGAUCGGACCAUUAGACUUCACGACCUUCGCUCCCCUAGGUCUUACGAAUCAACAUAUAGAGAUACAACCGAUAUGAACAUCAUGUAUUGUGUUCAUCCAUUUGGAAAUGACCAUUUCUUAGCCGGAUCCAGCGGUGACGGCUUGGUGAAGAUUUUCGAUCUGCGCAUGGGGAGCACUUACAGCUACCUCGAUGCGCAGACGCCACCUUCACCAAAUCCCAAAAGAGAUGACCGACCAAGCAAGGACUUCUCCAUGUUCCUCUCCGCCAACCUGCCGCCUGAUAUUACACGCCACAUUCCUCAUCCCCGCAGACGAGGCCAGCAGCCUUAUCGCGGCCCAAUUUAUACCAUGUCCACCCCAUCGCCGUCCUCCCCGACUGUAUACACCGGCAUUGUGGAUGGUGUAGCUCGGCUAGACUUUGCCUCGACAGACGACUUGACUGGCCCAGCGAAAGAAUGGUACGAACGUAACCUAGAUUUGGGAAUCCAGACAGGGCAAUCCGGGGUCGCGGUUGCGGAAGAUCAAGUCUUCAGGAUAGCAGGCUAUGAACGGCCAGCCCAGGAUGAUUUUACUACCACUUCCAAAUUGAGAACGCAGCAUGGAUACUGGCAUCUCAUGCCAAAUGACCGGGCAAACGAGGUGGUGACUGGAUGGGAUCGACGCUGGGAGCCUCUCGCAAAGCCCGGGGCGUGGAGAAGGCACUAUUGA